AUGGCCUACGUCGUGGAGAGGUUUGGAAAGUUCUCGAGAGUGUUGGCCCCAGGCCUUCACUUUUUGGUUCCCGUGGUGGACCGGGUGGCUUACGUGCAUUCUUUGAAGGAGGAGGCGCUGGCGAUAUCGAAUCAGUCGGCAAUAACGCGGGAUAAUGUCACUCUGCAGAUCGACGGCGUGCUGUACGUACAGGUCAAGGACCCCUACCGGGCCUCGUACGGAGUGGAAAACCCGAUGUUCGCGGUCACCCAGCUGGCGCAGACCACCAUGCGUUCCGAGUUGGGAAAACUCAGCCUCGACGAGACUUUUCUGGAGCGAAAUUCGCUGAAUAAAAACAUUGUCGAGGCCAUCAACGCCGCAGCCGGGCCCUGGGGCCUCAGCUGCCUCCGCUACGAAAUCAAAGACAUCAUUCCCCCCCUUAGUGUCAAAAUGGCCAUGGAGAAACAAGCGGAGGCGGAGCGUCUGAAGCGUGCGGAAGUGCUGCGGAGCGAAGGAGACAAAAAGUGUUUAAUAAACAGAGCUGAGGGAGAAAAAGAAGCAGCAACUUUGAGUGCAGCAGCAGCAGCAGCAGCAGUUCGCCUGCGAGCAGCAGCAGCAGCAGACAGCGUCCGCCUAAUUGCUGCCAGCGCCAGCAUCCCGGGAGGCCCCGAGGCCCUGCGCGUGCAGCUCGCAGAAAACUAUAUUGCUGCUUUUGGCAAACUUGCUGCCAGCAGCAGCAGCAGCAUUAUUGUUCCUGCUGAUGCUGCUGAUGCUGCAGCAAUGGUGGCCAAGGCUUUGGGGGUUUUCGGCGCCACCAGCAGCAACUUGGCCCCGCAGCUGUCUGGCAGCAGCGAGAAGAAGCCCCCGCGCGCCGAGGUGUAG